GCACUGUCGGCCCCAGCAAGGGCCGAUGCGAUCAGCUCCUCCUCUCUCGACCCUAUGGGCCCGCUCAAGAGUCACCUUAUCCAACAAUUGCAUGUGGAGCCGGAGAGGAAAUUCCAGGUGAGAGAUGGAUUCAUCUGCCCUCACUUGAUAUUCCCCGCGCAGGCAAAGGCGGCAAGGGAUGCAAUCUACUCUCACAAGGCGGUGCAAUUCCGUUUUCAAGUGGCACAGUCGGGGCUCCCGGUCAACGACAAGAUCAAAUGGAUUGCUGACCUUCUGGGGAAAAUUAAACCGGAUCGUCAGCUAGUGCAUGAUCACUUCCUAGUGGAAGUAGAUGACCCAGACUGUAUCACAGUAGUUGCCCUAUACCCCACAAACAAGCAUUUGGUCUUGAGGAAUAGAGGACUGCGAUUCAGGGGCUGCCCGGUGCAACUGUCAGCAUGGUCCCUGGCCAACCCCCAAUCAACAGAUGAAAGGAGGGAGUACCUCAUGAGCUCCAAUUUCUGGGUUGAAUUCAGGUUCGCUCCACUGUCAGUCCAGGGUGCAAUACUGACAGAUCUGGAGAACAUAGCCCCGGUUAAAGGUUAUAUCACUGUGCUGCCCCAGUUUCUGGAAAAAAGGGAUGACCAUCUCCUUGUUGCUGUCGAAUGGGAUCCGGAAUAUCCCUUCCCCCUCAAUGAGGAAUGGCGCUAUUCUCAUGGGGGAAAGGAGCAUUCCGUCCCAGUCAGUCAUACCCAGGAUCCUUGGUGUUAUGCCUGCAAGCACAGAGGACACCUCUACACUGACGAAGCAUGCCCGAAAAACAGGGACAAGACCAAGAUAAAAGGGUUCGUGGUCCCCCACCUCAAUGAUGAGGAAUGGUGGUACCCCGAAGACAGGGAACUCGCGGGAUGGAUGUUAAGAGUGUAUGCAGACGGCACCCCAGGGAAGUGGAUAUGGCAGGGCAAAGACAAGCCGACGGCCUUUCCCUCGGGGGCCCGGGUACAGGUAGCAAAGGACGCCAAGUUCAAAGGGAAACAGGAGCCUGCCCCGGAUCUGCAGACAAUCAGCCGCCCCCAGCCCGCCCCGGCAAAACCGCGCCCAGUCCAACCCCGCCCUCAGCAACAUUACAGACCAAAACCGGGACCAAAGGGAGACCGCCCAUCUACCUCUGAAACCAGGGACCUUCCUGUGGAGGGGGCACCCUGCAAAGAUCGACCGCCCGCGCACAAAGACGGAUGGCAGAAACUGCCCCCCCCUCUACAGACCACCUCCAUUGUGCACUGCAAAGAGAUUAAGUCCCAGGUUCAAAAGGAGGAGCAUGCGGCCCCCCUAAACAGCAGUGUCCAGGACCAGGGAUCCCACGUUGAGACAGGGACAACCGAAGGGAAGAAGGGAACAGAACUGGACCGGAAAGGAGGCGACAAAGAACAACACAAAGACGGACGGCAGAAACUGCCCCCCCCUCUACAGACCACCUCUACUAAUGUGCACUACAAAGAGAUUCAGUCCCAGGCUCAAAAGGAGGAGCAUGCGCCCCCCCUGAACAGCACUGUCCCAGACCACAUGGGAGGACAGGGAUCCCAGGUUGAGACAGGGACAAUCGAAGGGAAGAAGGGAACAGUACUGGACAGGAAAGGAGGCGACAAAGAACAACCCUCCGUGACAGGGACAACCGAAGGGAAGAAGGGAACAAAACAAGAUUGGAAAGGAGGCGACAAAGAAAAGCACAAAGACGGACGGCAGAAACUGCACCCCCCUCUACAGACCGCCUCUAAUAUGCACAGCAAAGAGAUUAAAUCCCAGGUUCAAAAGGAGGAGCAUGCGCCCCCCCUAAACAGCAGGGUCCCAGACCACAUGGGAGGACAGGGAUCCCAGGUUGAGACAUCCGAAGGGAAGAAGGGAACAAUACUGGACAGGAAAGGAGGCGACAAAGAACAGCCCUCCGUCCAACAGGGUGCCCACCGCUCAGACCAUAACGGAGUGAAGGGUCGGGGCCUCUGUCGGAUGGGUGAUGCUGCCCAGACUGUGCUCCAUUCAGCUCUGGCCGCACAAGGGGAAGGGAGGCCAGACUGCAAGUUGCCCGCUCACGAUCCUGCUCCUUCCCGGAAGGCUGUACUGGAGCCCGCCCCGGGCGCGGACGGAGCCUCGAACCGGGACGGACCAUCUCUAUCCCCCCCGAUUGGGGACAACUCAGACCAUAAAGAGGGACUGGGUGCCCAGAACAGGAUACAAGCGUCUGAGCCCCGGGGGGAUGAGCGUCCGGUGCCUUUCUCCUCUCAGGGUGCACCCGGCUCAGAUUGGAAAGACCAUCUGGCUCAUAGCUUGGUACAUUCGCCUGACCCCCCCUUGACUGUGAUUGAGGCACAUCAUCUGGCAGCAAAAACUGGGGGCCACAAUGCUGUCACAGGACCUGAUGGCCUAAUAAACGACAGUCAGGCACUGGCCCCCGCGCAUGAGCCACCUCAAGGCCACACAGGCACCCGAAACAGGGGCAACAACGACCUGCCCCCCUCUGCUCAGGACGCACCUUACUCAGAUCAUAAACACCAGAGGCUGGUCACGGGCUCCACACGGCCACAAGGGAAGGACUGGUCAUUGGUCCCAUCGCAAGAAACGGCUGACGGCCAGGCACUGGUCCGGACUGGGGGUUACAACGGACUACCCCCGCUUGAGAACCCGGACCAGAUAGCCCGCCCCCCCUUGAUGCAGUCGGAAUCACACCACCCGCAACCGAACUGCGGAGUCCCAAAAGCCCGCAUGAACUCCGAUAGGCCAGCACAAGUGGGCCCGGAACCGGUCCUCCCGCAGCAAUUGACUGAGGGCCACGCAUUGGUCCUCUCGAAACCAAUCACUGCGGACCACGCAUUGCCCCUCGUACACGACACAGUUGAACUGCAACACGACAGGGGGAAACCAACACCCACAUCGCCACAGCAAAUGUGGCUUAAAGCCAACUCGCUACUCAACAAGAUAAAGGGUGCGACUUUCCCUCUCUAUCGGGACACGAACGCAGACACGGACACAUGGCCCGGCAGUGAUGUAUGCUGUGGUCUCAACGUGGCUGGGGAAUCGACGAUUCAGAAUGUGGGAAUACCGGCUCGCGUGAGGGAAGUCGUCUCUCAGAUCACAGGGGAGAAGAAGUUCAUCCCUGUCGCACAACAGAGUACUACCACUCCAAAACCAAACGCCCACCGGGACCGGUUACACCGGGAAGAGGAAACGGAGCAGCCACAGCGGGACGAAGAGCACCUACCCAUCGCCCAACGACAGAUCUCGAAUGCCCCCUGGAACACCCGACUGAUCUCCACCUUGACCACAGUCACUGUCGAACCAGGGAGAGGAUAGCGACAACGACGUGGCACAGCAACUGCAUACCACGCACUAACAACAACCGCCUCAGGAGCCCCUUCAGGACAACUGCAUGGAGGAAGCACAACAGUUUGACUCUGACCCCCACCACCAUGUGGCUCAUCACCUGCAAGGUGACCUGCCUCUCCUUGGCUACCAGCAGUUGCACGCGCUGCAUCUGCAACAGCAUCAGCAAACAUGGCAAAAUGCGCAACAACAGCUGGCAUGGUAGGAGCAAGCCCAACAGCAGGAGCAAGCCCAACGAGAUGAGCAACAAAACUUGCACUAUGCG